ACACUUUUUAAAAAAGGCAAAAUUUCACCGUGCGUUAACAGUGUACGCUAAAUGGCGCAAGCCGCUACCCAAUUCACAAAAGUUAGUUUAUUUUGUUAUUUUUUCAUCAUCAUCCUAACUCAUUUGUCUAUCUAUCCAUUCGGCGAUACCACAUGUGAACGUGCGAAAGAAAGCGGUACGAGGUUUUAAUGCUACAGCCCUACAUUGAUCUCGUUUGAUGUUGUGAAUCUUAAAUGUCAUCAAAACCUACUAACAUUAAACUGGCACCCAGACCACUGAACUCAGGAUCGACAUGCCUCUCAUCCUGUCGGACGAAAGCAAAACGAGCGUGUCGGACCACCUGAAAGAAAUCGGCUGCUGCAAGUUUUGCGUACUGCGAUUUCUCGGCGAACGUUAUUACAAAACGUACCACGAACCCACGCUGGCAGAGGAUUUGAAUGAGCCUGUCGAUCAAGACCUGAGUGAAGAGCCGGCAGUAAAACGACCCAAACUAGGGUCAACUAACUCUUCAAAAGACGAGCAGAACCACGUCUUCACCGAAAAAAAUGGCGAGGCGGAAACUGGCGAUGCCAAAUCAGCUGGUAGACCUCAAGAAAAUGGCCAAAACACAACCUGCAUCGCUUGCUACAGUCUCCUUGAACCUAAGCACCUCAAGGAGUCGCUUCGGCAGAUGGUGAUUGGCGUCAAGAAGAGCCAAUGCGUCUUCGACAGCUUCAAGUUCCUCCUCUCAGUGCCGGUGGCGCUUGAGCUCCGACAUCACGCAAUGUUACUUCACCUCAAGAGCAAGUUUGGUGAGCUGUACAGUGAGGUCUCCGAGAGCGACUUGCUGAGCGUGAAGGAGGUGUGGAAGAACUUGGUGGGAUCUCCCUUUUCCAAACACUUCUCGGCCACCUUCGACACUUCCAGCAGCUUCCAGGUGUCCAUCACCCUUCCUUCACCCAGUGCAGAGGCCGAGUGCGCCUUUUUAUUGGAAGCCUAUCCGGGGUCCUUUCCCAACCGAAAACAAAGGAAGUCCCAGUGUCGGGAGGUGUUUACACGGCACGCAGUUUCCGACGCCCUGCGCAGGAUGCCCGACGGCGACUUUACAAAGCUGUACCCUUGUCCCCCGUCGAGACCGGAGCCACUCCCGUUGGAAACGGAAGUCACGUGCGUCCACAUGCCCGUCUACCUUGCAGGCCGUUACUGCAAGUACUCCAGGCUGCUAAGUCAGACGCCGUGGAUUCUGAACGACAAGCGCAUCAUGGAGACUUCGGUGCAAGAGCUCAUCACGGAGGCCGUCAUCAGGCAUAUUCCCAACAGCAGGAUAGUGUUCUCUUCAUCCGGACGUGAAGACGUCGACGUCCGCAUGCUCGGUAAAGGUCGCCCCUUCAUCCUCGAGAUAUUUGAACCCAAGAGGGCAACCUUCACCAAAAGUGAAAUGGAGUCCAUCGAGAAGGAAAUCAACGAGGCCACAAAGGACAUCAAGGUCAAUGACCUCCAAGUAAUAUCUAAGAGCGACACCCAGGUGCUGAAAGACGGCGAAGAGUCUAAGCGCAAGUGCUACACGGCGCUCUGCUGCGCCAACCGCCCUCUGACCGCCGAAGAUUCCGCCACCGUCUUAAAAAUCAAGGACCUGGUGCUGAAGCAGAAGACGCCCAUCAGGGUGCUGCACAGACGGAACCUCGCGGAGCGAGAGCGCAUCGUGUACGACAUGUCCCUGGAGCCUCUCGAAGGGAACAAGUUCGUCCUGAAGAUGACUACGCAAGCGGGAACCUACGUCAAGGAGUUUGUGCACGGAGACUUCGGCAGGACAACGCCGUCUCUCGGAGACUACCUCAACGCGGAAGUGGACAUUGUGGAGCUGGAUGUUGAGGAAAUUGACCUGGACUGGCCUCCGCCACGGAAAUGAGGACUGCUGCAAACAUAAAAAUGUUGCCCGUUGCGUAAA